AUGUGCCCGCAACCAAGAUCACCCCUGAUCAAGAUGACAACCUCCCAAAAGCACCGAGACUUCGUGGCCGAGCCCAUGGGGGAAAAGCCGGUGGGCAGCCUGGCGGGGAUCGGUGAAGUCCUGGGCAAGAAGCUGGAGGAGAGGGGCUUUGACAAGGCUUACGUGGUCCUGGGCCAGUUCCUGGUGCUGAAGAAAGACGAAGACCUGUUCCGGGAGUGGCUGAAGGACACGUGUGGCGCCAACGCCAAGCAGUCCCGGGACUGCUUCGGGUGCCUGCGCGAGUGGUGCGACGCCUUCUUGUGA